AUGGAGGCGCCACAAUCACCCCAAGACGCGCUCCGCCUCGGCGCGCUCGCGUCACAAAACGCCGCCUCGACGAGGCAUCUCUACGCGCGCCUCGAGCUGGCCAACGGCAAGCGCCAGAAGCUCGAGGGCGUCUUCCAGGACCCCGUCAUGAAGCGGCGCUUCGAGGCCGAGUACGCCGCCGUCCAGACGCUGCCCGAGGCCCUCGCGGCGAAGCAGCCGGGGCGGAAAACAACAGCAACAGCAACAGCGACAGUAAAGACACCAGCGGCGAAAGCGGGACCGGCGCGCAAGACACCGAAGCUGCUCGAGGCGGGACCCGGCGGCGCUGCACCAUCAUCAUCAUCAUCAUCAUCGAAAGCUACUACAGCGACGACGACCGGAGGCGGAUCAAAGACACCAUCAUCAGCGGCGGCGCGGCAGAACAUGAGCCUGACGGUCAGGGGAGCGCCGGCCAUGCAGCAGGUCAAGCCCGAGUGGCACCCGCCGUGGAAGCUGAUGAGGGUCAUCUCGGGGCACCUCGGCUGGGUGCGCAGCCUGGCCGUCGAGCCGGGCAACAAGUGGUUCGCCAGCGGCGCCGGCGACCGCACCAUCAAGAUCUGGGACCUGGCGACGGGCUCGCUGCGGCUGACGCUGACGGGCCACAUCAGCACCGUCCGCGGCCUGGCCGUCUCGCCGCGGCACCCCUACCUCUUCUCCUGCGGCGAGGACAAGAUGGUCAAGUGCUGGGACCUCGAGACCAACAAGGUCAUCCGCCACUACCACGGCCACCUCAGCGGCGUCUACACCCUGUCCCUGCACCCGACGCUCGACGUCCUCGUCACCGGCGGCCGCGACGGCGUCGCCCGCGUCUGGGACAUGCGCACCCGCAGCAACAUCCACGUCCUCUCGGGCCACACCGGCACCGUCUCCGACGUCAAGUGCCAGGAGGCCCCCCAGGUCAUCACCGCCUCGCUCGACUCCACCGUCCGCCUCUGGGACCUCGCCGCCGGCAAGACCAUGGGCGUCCUCACCCACCACAAAAAGGGCGUCCGCGCCCUGGCCGUCCACCCCGCCGAGUUCACCUUUGCCACGGGCAGCACCAACAGCAUCAAGCAGUGGAAGUGUCCCGAGGGCGCCUUUAUGCAGAACUUUGAGGGCCACAAUGCCAUUAUCAACACGCUGAGCGUCAACAGCAACAACGUCUUCUUCUCAGGUGGCGACAACGGCUCAAUGAGCUUCUGGGACUGGAAGUCAGGCUACCGCUUCCAAUCCUUCGAGACAACCGCACAGCCCGGCUCGCUAGACGCAGAGUCAGGCAUCAUGAGCUCGACAUUUGAUCGCUCCGGCCUGCGUCUCAUCACAGGCGAAGCCGACAAGACGAUCAAAAUCUGGAAACAAGACGAAAAGGCGUCCGAGGAGACGCACCCCAUACAGUGGACGCCGUCAUUGGCACACAGGAAGUUUUAA